AUGGGAACUGCGCUUGGCGCUCUUUGGCCAGCGGCGAACGCCGAGGAUCUCGUCUCACGAGGGCGUAUCCUGUCCGAUUUCACCAAAAACUACUCGUCCGAUAUCCACGGGGCUUUCGCUGUCACAGCCAACCGCCUGGACGACGCAGCCACGGUCGCCAACAAGUCGAAGAUGCUUAUCGCCUCCGUUGCGGACUUCAGCAAACCGGCGUGCUGGGGUGGAGACCUGACGAUGCUGCUGGCGUCUCAGGCUCUAAGGAUCACGGUGAAGCUCGUGUGCUCGAUCGAUAUGAUGUCGCGGAAGCGUGAUGAAGCUUCGGCGACGCUCGAGACAGAUCGCGGUUCGACGAGAAAAGACAACAUCAACCCGGAAGACAAUCGUCACUCCCAGACAUUUCUCCCAGGCGACGCGGUGUCCUCCUUGCGCGUAGGCGGAGGUGACCGCACGGUCACGGAGGCCACCGUCAUCUUGACGUCAAGCUGCACCCAGGCAAGCGCGGGAGAGCUAGACAACCUCGUCGAGGUGACGAAGGCGACCACCUGCUGUACCGGGUGCCAAUUCGCUGCGGUCUCGAAGAAGGAUCGCUCGACCCCUCCGUUCCCGCUGGUCAGGGCGGCACCCCCGUUGUUCCAAGCCUGGUAUCAGGUCCCCAGACGUGCUUGUUGUUGGGUCUGUGCGCGAGACGACGCACGCAUGCAGUUGAUAUUCUUUGCCGCCGACCCCUGUGAUCCUCCGAUCCCCGGCGCAGGACGCGAGGCUGAACAAGCCGCGCACAAGGCGAGUCUAGGGGUACAGCCCGGUUGGGAGGCCGCGGCGGCGGCGACAAGAGCGGCGGAGGAAGCUGCGAUCGCUAGGCGGCAGGCGAGGAAAAUCAAAGCAGUCGAAAACAGGCAGCUGGAGCUAGCGGAGCUUGCGAACGCGAGGCAGCAUGCACAGCGCAAGGCGGACAAGGAGGAGGCGAAAAGGCGUCCGGAGAAAGGUGAAACGCGUGAAGCGCAGAACGGCGGCAUGAGGGCAGGGACGGGGGAAGGUACGGGUGUGAAAGCCGGAGACGUCGGGAGCAGGGGCGGAGGAAGGGGGCAGAAGAGGGUUGGUUCAGUGACGGGGGAUGGGUCGGGCAUCACCGGGGCGGGUGGCGCCAUGGACCAAAUACAGGCCAAGCAACAAGAAUUGGAGGUCGUGAUCCAAAGAGAGGUGGAGGCCAGAGCCAAUGCCAAGAAGUGCAAGACGAGACACUUCAGGCUGAAGGCAGAGAGCGAACUUGCCCAGCAUCUGUGGAAGAAGGACAUGCAAAACUCGCAGAACGACUACGCAGCCGUCGUGACGAUAAUGAAUAGGACCCUGAAAGAAGGUAGAGUUUCAGCAGCCGUAGCACGGCGGAAGUACGACAAGGCCGCCGCUGCAACAUCGAGGGUCUCGCGCAAGCUGCGAAAGGUGCUCGGUGGUCAAGCUGUGGGCGCCGGCGACAAAGACGACAGUGACGUGGACAGCGACUCGAGCACGCGCAGUCACUGCAGCAACGACAACUGGUUCAGCGCCGAUGAGCUAUCUUCGGAUGAAGGCAGCAAGGACGAACUGGAGGCAGCCGUGAAAGCAAGAGCGGCAGCCGUGAGACAGGGCCAUGAGGAGCGGAAGCGCCGCGUGCUGGCAUGCAGAGCCGCUGCGAUGGCGGCGAAGAGAAACUACAAGAGGCUGUUGACGGUGAGGUGA